AUGACGAGAACACUAAAAAUUCAAGAAACUACUGCGUCAAACGAAACUAACGAAUGUAUACAACUCGCAAAAGGUCGUGAUCGCGGUCGUGGUAGAGGAAAAUCAGGAAAAAUCGUGGUCACAGAGCCUAUAUUCACCGAGACUGAUAUUAUACCUGCUAAAAAAGAUGUUGUGGUAGGGGAAAAUGGUGGUAAUAGAACCUAUUCCUAUUACACUCCGUGA